AUGACGCCAAGCAAGGUUUUCGACCACGCCGCGCAUGCGCAGCACCGAUGGCAGCGCUUCGUGAACCGCGACUCCAAGCACUACGCCGGCUUCUCGGUCAUGGCCGGUGGCCUGCAGUUCGCCAAGGUCGUGAGCUCGCACAAACGCGCCAAAGGCAUCGCGUACCUGACCAAGAAGACGGCCGAAAAGCUCCCGAAGCUCAUGGUUUAUCCCUUGGUGUUAGGCGUCACGGGUGCCGAACUGUUGGUGUGGGGUACGUCGUAUUUUAAUGACGGCAAAAAUGAAGAGACGAGCAAAGUCGCGCGUGACGCCAAGUUGGCCCCAGCGGCCUUCGCAGUGUACGGCACAACGCUCAACUCCGUCUACCCGCUCGUCGGUCGUUGGCGUCGUGUGCGUGGGUGGCUCCGUCCCAUUAAGUGGGGAGUGGUCGGCUUGGGCAUCGACUACGCCGUGACGAAACUCACGGAGGAACAAUCCAAGACGCAGACACCUGCGCUGCUGGAGGUCGAGAAUACAAAGUGA